AUGUUGGAGCAUUUAUUUACCGAUAUUGUUUCACCACAAACAGGCUCCACUACACCAAUCACCAAGGAGGACCUGCAGGCGGUGACCAAUGACAAGAGCGACACAUCCAACCGCACCAUUACCUUCAACGUGAUUCGUCGACCAAAACUAGGCAGACUGGUGACAGUGCUGGCUGAUAAUUUCACUGUUGACGUCUCCUCCUUCACACAGACAAUGGUGGACCAGCGGGAGAUUCUAUACAUCCAGAGUCUUGUGGCGUCGGUUGGCUGGUCCGCCAUGGACUCCAUGACCUUCUCGGUGUCCUCACCUCCAGCUUCCCUGGAGAACGAGACCUUCGAGAUGGACAUCUCCUACGAGAAUGCUGGACGCGACCGCAAGACUCUGCUCCUCGCUAACACAGGUGCUGUGGUGACUGAGGGUGACCGCAUCGUCAUCGACAAGUCCAAGCUGGAUGCGUCUAACCUUAUGUCCAAGCUGCCCACACCCCAGCGCAGCUCUCACGAGAUCUGGUUCCAGGUGAAGUCUCUACCCCAGCACGGGGUCAUUGUGGUGGGAGAGAGGAACCUCACCGUGGAGAAACCCAACUUCUCCCAGUACAUCCUCAACAAGUAUGGCAUCACGUACCGGCAUGACGACUCCGAGACGCUCCACGACCGUUUUGUCUUCGACACCUGGCUGAACCCCAAGGGUAAGCCGGCCCAGCGCCCUUCGGACGACAGCCAGGUUCUGGAGGAGUGGUUCAACAUCACGGUGAUCCCAGUCAACGACCAGCCGCCCGUUCUGAAGACCAAAGCCCCCAGUCUGAGCGUAGUGCAGGGGGACACAGUGGCCCUGGGGCCGGAGAACCUCAAUGUGGAAGACUUGGACAACCCUUCAGAGGACAUCCAGUACAUCGUCAUCAGCAAGCCCAACAACGGCUAUCUGGCCCUGGGAGGAAGCCUUAACGAGUCUGUGGUGGCCUUCACUCAGGCUCAGAUCAACAGUGGGGAGGUGUACUUUGUCCAUGAUGGAAGCCGGGCUUCUGGGGUGUUUUAUUUUAGUGUUUCCGAUGGCCAUCACAAACCGGUCUAUAAGCUCUUCAACCUCGAGGUGACCGAGAUCACCAUCUCCCUUAUCAACAACACUGGGCUGGCUCUGGAGCAGGGACAGACGUCUGUGGUUUUAACCCAGGAGAGUCUGGUGGCAGAGACCAACGGAAAAAACACAACUGUUCACUACCGGAUCACCGCCGCGCCACGGUAUGGCAAGAUCCUUCGGCUGGAUGACCAGGAGGUCAGCCAGUUUGAGCAGGAGGACUUAAGGACGGGUAGCUUGUUUUAUCACAUGGUGACCCUCACGUCUGGUCAGGAUAGCUUUGAGUUCACCGCAUUUACAUCGGAAGCUAACCUGACAAACCAGGUUGUCAACAUCACGGUUAAGCCCCUGGUCAGGUUUGGCGAGGGGGUGAGAAUACCCAAUGGCAUCGUGGUCAAACUCAACACUGGUUUCCUCAACGCGACUGAGCUGGCUUCUCUAUCCGUCAGCGACCCUUUCUUCGAGGUUGUCUCUCAUCCAAAGUAUGGAAAGCUGGUCCGAGGAAAACCCAAAGCUGGUAAGAAAACCGAGCCACUGGAGUCAUUCUCCUUUCAGGAUGUGAAGCAGGAGAGGCUAUCCUUCGAGCUCAACGCUAACAUGACUGGAGUGCAGGAGCUGAACGACUCUUUGGUGUUCAUUCUGAAAGCGGAGAACGUCCCACCUGCCAGGGGAGAGUUCCGGUUCACUGUCGUUCCGUAUGAUCCAUCGCUAGUCCUAACCACCAACAGUCCCAUCCUAACCACCAGCAGUCCUUUCUCUCAGCCUCUGAACCAAACGACAGUGUUUGGUGUUGGGACGGCACUACCCUCCCUGUCCACCUCCCUCCUUUCCACACAGAGACCCAGCAAGACCCACCAGAAGUUCAAAGGUCGCAACCGCUGGGGGAUCACCAACCGGAACGACUCGGCAGGUACAGAUACUACUCUGGGCAAGCCCACUCUGAGUAAAGGAGACGGCAAUGAGAUUCCCUUUGUGAAUACACCGGUCCGUGUAGAGUCUUACCCUCAGAAGACCUUCAACCUGAUAUUGGUGAUCCUACCUCUCCUGGCCAUGCUCUUAUUGGUCAUAAUCCUGGUGGUGCUGGUUCUGCUGCUGCGACGCAACAGGAAGAGGAAACAGAAACCUGUCACCCCGAAGCCGCCACCCUCACCCUCACCCUCAACCCCACCGGCCUAUAACGGCCAGUCCCAGAGGAGCGCGGCUGUUCCCACGGUAACUGUGACCCCAAUGAGCCCCAGUAGCCCUGCCCUGGACAGGCUGCUUCCUUCAGCCAAUCAGGGCUUAGUUAGCAACUUCACAUCACUGCCACUUUGCUCGUGGAACGGUGUAGAUCCAGAGAGUUCAGCCCAGCUCAUUAGGACCACGCCCCCCACUCUACAGCAGAACCAAUACUGGGUAUGACUCUGUAGCUGCUGCCACCUAGGGGUGGAAUGUGGAAGUGGACUGUUUACCCUGUACACUAACAUCCAUUCCUAACACCCCCACCAACCCCACUCAUCGUUAUACUGUAAACCAUGACACUACUGUACUAUUUGUUUUGUGAUAUAAUCAAAGCAUUUUCUACUGAAGCUAAGCACAAUCAGCACUGGGAAUGACAACCACUACCCCCACUUUGCAACCUAAUAAGGAGCUGGUAGCCUAUGACAACCACUACCCCCACUUUGCAACCUAAUAAGGAGCUGGUAGCCUAUGACAACCACUACCCCCACUUUGCAACCUAAUAAGGAGCUGGUAGCCUAUGACAACCACUACCCCCACUUUGCAACCUAAUAAGGAGCUGGUAGCCUAUGACAACCACUACCCCCACUUUGCAACCUAAUAAGGAGCUGGUAGCCUAUGACAACCACUAUCCCCACUUUGCAACCUAAUAAGGAGCUGGUAGCCUAUGACAACCACUACCCCCACUUUGCAACCUAAUAAGGAGCUGGUAGCCCAUGACAACCACUACCCCCACUUUGCAACCUAAUAAGGAGCUGGUAGCCUAUGACAACCACUACCCCCACUUUGGAACCUAAUAAGGAGCUGGUAGCCCAUGACAACCACUACCCCCACUUUAAAACCUAAUAAGGAGCUGGUAGCCCAUGACAACCACUAUCCCCACUUUGCAACCUAAUAAGGAGCUGGUAGCCUAUGACAACCACUAUCCCCACUUUGCAACCUAAUAAGGAGCUGGUAGCCUAUGACAACCACUACCCCCACUUUGCAACCUAAUAAGGAGCUGGUAGCCCAUGACAACCACUACCCCAACUUUACAACCUAAUAAGGAGCUGGUAGCCCAUGACAACCACUACCCCCACUUUACAACCUAAUUAGGAGCUGGUAGCCCAUGACAACCACUACCCCCACUUUACAACCUAAUAAGGAGCUGGUAGCCUAUGACAACCACUACCCCCACUUUACAACCUAAUAAGGAGCUGGUAGCCCAUGACAACCACUACCCCCACUUUACAACCUAAUUAGGAGCUGGUAGCCCAUGACAACCACUACCCCCUCUUUACAACCUAAUAAGGAGCUGGUAGCCCAUGACAACCACUACCCCCACUUUACAACCUAAUUAGGAGCUGGUAGCCCAUGACAACCACUACCCCCACUUUACAACCUAAUAAGGAGCUGGUAGCCCAUGACAACCACUAUCCCCACUUUGCAACCUAAUAAGGAGCUGUAGCCUAUGACAACCACUAUCCCCACUUUGCAACCUAAUAAGGAGCUGGUAGCCCAUGACAACCACUACCCCCACUUUGCAACCUAAUAAGGAGCUGGUAGCCCAUGACAACCACUACCCCCACUUUGCAACCUAAUAAGGAGCUGGUAGCCCAUGACAACCACUACCCCCACUUUGCAACCUAAUAAGGAGCUGGUAGCCCAUGACAACCACUACCCCCACUUUGCAACCUAAUAAGGAGCUGGUAGCCUAUGACAACCACUACCCCCACUUUGCAACCUAAUAAGGAGCUGGUAGCCCAUGACAACCACUACCCCCACUUUGCAACCUAAUAAGGAGCUGGUAGCCCAUGACAACCACUACCCCCACUUUGCAACCUAAUAAGGAGCUGGUAGCCUAUGACAACCACUACCCCCACUUUGCAACCUAAUAAGGAGCUGGUAGCCCAUGACAACCACUACCCCCACUUUGCAACCUAAUAAGGAGCUGGUAGCCCAUGACAACCACUACCCCCACUACCCCCACUUUGCAACCUAAUAAGGAGCUGGUAGCCUAUGACAACCACUACCCCCACUUUGCAACCUAAUAAGGAGCUGGUAGCCCAUGACAACCACUACCCCCACUUUGCAACCUAAUAAGGAGCUGGUAGCCUAUGAUAACCACUACCCCCACUUUGCAACCUAAUAAGGAGCUGGUAGCCUAUGACAACCACUACCCCCACUUUGCAACCUAAUAAGGAGCUGGUAGCCUAUGACAACCACUACCCCCACUUUGCAACCUAAUAAGGAGCUGGUAGCCUAUGACAACCACUACCCCCACUUUGCAACCUAAUAAGGAGCUGGUAGCCUAUGACAACCACUACCCCCACUUUGCAACCUAAUAAGGAGCUGGUAGCCUAUGACAACCACUACCCCCACUUUGCAACCUAAUAAGGAGCUGGUAGCCCAUGACAACCACUACCCCCACUUUGCAACCUAAUAAGGAGCUGGUAGCCCAUGACAACCACUACCCCCACUACCCCCACUUUGCAACCUAAUAAGGAGCUGGUAGCCUAUGACAACCACUACCCCCACUUUGCAACCUAAUAAGGAGCUGGUAGCCUAUGACAACCACUACCCCCACUUUGCAACCUAAUAAGGAGCUGGUAGCCUAUGACAACCACUACCCCCACUUUGCAACCUAAUAAGGAGCUGGUAGCCUAUGACAACCACUACCCCCACUUUGCAACCUAAUAAGGAGCUGGUAGCCUAUGACAACCACUACCCCCACUUUGCAACCUAAUAAGGAGCUGGUAGCCUAUGACUGCUGGACAAAACCAGCACAAUCAUGAGUAGGUGCUGACCACUAGUCCACCUCACCUCUACCAACUACUGGAAACAUGCUAUUGCAGAAGUUACCCCUCCAAACAUGACCCAAUGUGGGGUUUCAAACCAACCGUAAUGCGUGGACAUCGCACUGCACAGCUCAAGUGUAAAUUGCAUUAAAAAAAUAAUAAAAAAGAAUUGAUUAUAAUUCAAAAUAGAAUACAACUUUAUUGUACAAUUGGUUAGAACGGAAUGUGUCUUCUGCCUUUGUCACCCCCCCGUAUACACAAGUGCAGUGUGAUGUUGGCUCAAUGUGAAUCCUAGCCGUAGUGACUCUACAAUACUGUAUAACUACAUGUUGAUGUUGCUAGCAUGGCUAGUUGAUGUAUCUUCCAUUAAGUCCUUCUCAUUGGAUUAUUAUGAGCAAUGAUCACCAUAGUAGUUCGGAAAGGAAACGCAGCGUAGAAAUGUGUUCCACCAUUUAUUAAAGGAUGAAUAAUGCAAGUCUUAUAGGCUCUGACUUUCAGGGUAGUUCAAAGCCCAAGCAAAGCUUCAAUAUAUAUUUAAUCUUUAUUUAACUAGGCAAGUCAGUUAAGAAUAAAUUCUUAUUUUCAAUGACGGUCUAGGAACAACUGCCUUGUUCAGGGGACAGCUUAGUACCUUGUCAGCUCGGGAUUCGAACUUGCAGCCUUUACGGUUACUGGCCCAACGCUCUAACCACUAGGCUACCCUGCCCCCCGACAAGCAGUGAGCAUGGUAAACUAUACCAACACCCGAGCAGGACAACAGAAACAGGAAGUGGAAACUUAAAACACAUUAACUAGACCACUAUAAAAGGCUGUUGAGGGAAGGACGGCUCAUAGUAAUGUCUGGAAUGGAGUCAAUGGAACGGCAUCAAACACUCUGAAACUCUGUGUUAUGAUUCCAUUAACUGUGUUCCAUCCGUUAUGAGCCGUCCUACCUAAUUAAGGUGCCACCAGCCGCCUGUGAUACUCACUGCUAGUAGCCAUGUAUUCAUCCAACAGUAAAUGUAAUGUACUAAAAAUAACUUUACAGUUGUAGGCAACUACCCAUGAGACCUUGAGGCCUUUUCACGCGCAAUGGCCGGUGGGCAUUUGACACGCUCUCUGCUCAAUAUCUCAAAGCCAUAUAAAAAAUAAUAUCUUGCUUGUAAAAUAGUUGUUAUUGAGCUGAAUAUUGUGAGUUGAGAAAUACAAAUUAUACCUACAGAAAGCUGAGACCCUCCUCGACAUAGACAAGGGGACGAAGCUUCCAAAUCUGUUUUCCUGCAAUUUAUUUUGAAAUGUUAUAUGAUCAGAACAUAUUUUUCUCUUGAGCACAAGAGGGGAUAGGUAGCCUAGAGGUUAGAGCGUUAGGCCAGUAACCGAAAGGUUGCUGGAUUGAAUCCCCGAGCUGACAAGGUAAAAUCUG